GUUGAAAUUUGAUAAUCCGAAGCAGUGAAGGGUAAUUUUUUUUACCUUGGACAACAUUAUUUUCUCGAUAUUAUUACAACGCACUGGGACACAUUUAUGUGCUGCCCUUCCCUUAUAGUAUGAUAUAUUACUUAAAUAUAGUAACAGUACACAGCUCGAACAAGCCCUAACUUGCGCGUGUCCUUGAUGUGCUUCAGGAACAGUCUGCGGACGCGCAAGCACAGCGUGUGCACGGAACCGGACCUGUCGCGGCGCAACUCGAACGCCAUUUUCUCGGCGCUGCUGUUCCGAGAGGAGAGCAGGGCCAUGAAGACGUCCAUGAUGGUGCUGUCCACGUACCUGUUCAGCUGGACGCCGCUGUUCGUGCACGUGUCCAUCGUACAGCUGCCCGACGAGGUGGUGUACACGUGCGCCCUGUCCGCGGCCACGCUCAACCCGCUCGUGUACGUGUUCCGGAACGACGCGUUCCGCAAGGAGAUGCUGCGUGUGGUGUGCAGCCGCAAGCGGUUGCGCGAGUCGGCCGCGGCCAAGGCGGCCACCGACCACCAGCAGCACCGGCUCAUGACGGCCCACCAGGCCGACAGCGUGUCGGUGCACAGUUUCCGCAUGUCGUCAGUCGAGUGCCAACACUCGUUCGACUCGGUCACGCCGCCGCCCGCCGACUUUGUCGCCACGUACAACCCGGUAAACGGAUCAGAGCGGUGUACGCGAUACGAGAGCGUUACGUUCCGGUUGGCCCAGCGCCGUUGCCAAUACUGCAGCAGACAGAGUUCGGACUCGUCGUUGAGCAGUAACUAUCCAUUGCUGGUCAACAAAAACCGUUCGUCCAGUGAGCCAAACACGCCGAAACAUCAUAACAACAACGAAAACCGAAUCGUCAUGUUUAAGGUAUCGGAAGUGGAAACCAAAAGGAAUAAACUUCAAAGGAUGAUGGCGAUAGACACCGAUUGUCCGUCGACUCGAGUCUAAUAGUAAUAAUAUUAAGUGAUUGAAACGCGAGCUAGAGCUCAGCUGGUCCUACUACGCAGCCGCCGAUGCACAGAAGUCAACGUCAACUACGUUUGUCGAAGGAUAUAUAGUCUAUAGAGUAAUAUUUAUGAUUAUUGUCGCAUAUGUUAUAUAAUAUUAUUAUUAUCGUUAUGUUCCACAUUGGAAUCCGAAUGUAUCAAAUUAUGAUAUAUCAUCAUCGACGUGUGGUUAGGUCCCAUCCAUUCACCCUUCCCCCAUAGGCUGCGAUUGCCAAAGAUAAAAAAAUUGUAUUAAUUUAGUGCUAUAGGUAUUAUGUCAAUUCGCGUGACGGAAAAAUGUCAGUGAUUUGAAAGACGCCCGAAAAUAUAUUAUUAUACUGGUAAGACUGGUUGUUAUACGAACUACGAUCUAUAAUAUUAUGAUAAAGUUGUGUCUUUUUGUGCACGUGCAGCCGAAACGGUCCACUGCCGUUAAUAAACUGCGAUGUCGUGUGUGCUGGGUGAAUUCUUUUCCCCGGUGAAAUCCGUUCCAACCUAAAGUCCAUACAACGUCGGAAUAAUUAAGUUUGGUUUUUCCUCUUCGAAACGAUUUAUUUUUAUUUUGGACGAAUGAAAUGUUAUUAUAUGCUCCGAAAAACCGUUGCAGCCGGCGCCCUGGUUUUUUCAAGCGGCAACCCUAGGCCGUGUAUUAUUAUUGAUCUAUCAAGUACGGUUGAAUAGCCGACCAAUCACAAUGACGUCAUUAAAAAUUGUAUCUUAAUUUAACAAUUUUAACAAUUUAACAUUGAAUGAAAAUAAAUAAAUCUAUUCGAAAUCCCAUCGUACGGAUUCAACAUAUUUUCAACCAAUAUAGAUUCAUAGGUUUUUAGGUUUUCAGUUCAGUCCACAAGUAAUCUAAAUCGCAUUAUUCAUUAUUAAGUUAUCGGGAAAAUAUUUUAGAAAUACUUUUAUGGAGACAUCUGCUGCAGUUAUUGAUUGGAUUCACGUCGACAAAAUCGUCCUUUACAUGUAGGUAUACGGCAAAUUUCUAUAUUAUUAUUGUUUCGUAUCUAUGUUAUUGUGAUACUUAUCUCGUGUGUAAACGUUAGUACUUUGAAAUCUUAGUUGAAUUUAUAGUGUUUAACCUGGUUCAAUAUCGCUUUUUGUGAAAUGAAAAUAAAGAUUGAAGAGAAAAAGCUCGUACUAUUGUUAAUUUUGUUUUGAAAAUAAUGAUCACCUAUUAUUUUUUGGUAUAAAUUGUUAGCGAAGCGAAACAAUAUUUAUUGUUACAACGCUCUUAAAGUAGCCUCAACCCAUUUAUUGGUCAACAUACAGUUUUUAAUGUUCCGAAACAAUAACAAUGAAAGUAUUUCAUUGUCUUUGUUGUUGUACUACUCGAUAGCAUUUUUCUUACAGUUAAGGUAGCUCAUAAAUAUAAUUAUUUAAAAAUAUGCAUUAAAUAUUCCAGUACUUACACUUUUAAGUGUCUACUAAAAUGUUAUAAUAAUUGCAGACGCCAAAUGCCAAAUUACUGAAUAAAUAAAACGUAACUUAGAAUCGAUCACGUGUCUCAUGUGUCGACCGUCUAAAUAAAACUUAAAAGCACAUUAAAUACGAUUGGCAGUAUAAAGUAAAAAGGCCUAAAAUCCAAAUGCCUCGUAUCGCGUCAAACUAACACGAGUCUUAUCAAAAACGACGUUUAGGGUUUAAAAUAUUCUCCGAAUAAUAAUAUUCCAUGAAAAAUGCUUAAUAUGUUUAUACUAUAUUAUAUGGUACCUAUUUAAUAGUUAUUUUUUAUUAUUAUUAAAUUGUAUGCCUCAAUAACAGGACCAUUGACUUAUAUUACACACAUAAUUAAAUUACUCAAAAUUGUACAAUUUAAUAUAUACUAUAAAUAAUAAAAAAAAAUGUCUUCGGUGGUGCCUAGUGCGUCGUGAAGGUGUUUGGGUAUGUCGAAUAUUUGUCGGGCCUCUUGUGUGUUUCUGCAUUCUUUGAUAAUGCGGUUGAUAGAAGUUGGGAAGCCGAAUGUUUGGCAUGUUUUUGGUGGCUAUUAGUUGUUAUUAAUCAUAAUAUAACUAAACAAUAACAUGAUAUAAGUUAUAAGUGUAAUAUCUACAAUAGUUUAAUGAUAAUUAUAAUGUGAUCGAUAGUUUGAUUUUUCUUCAAUUAUUAAUUUUCUCCCAUGGAUUUUUAACGAUCACAUAAAGUACGAUAAUGGCUCAUCUAUUCUAUCUACAUAGAUUUAUAGAUAAUUAAAUAAUUUCACAAUCUCCGACGAACAAUAAAUAGCUUUAAACAUAAUAUAUUUUUAUGAUUACAAAGAAAACAAAAUGUUUUACGUUCACUAUUAUUAUAUUUAUUUAUUUUUGAAAUGAAUUUAUUUAUUUUUUGAAACAUUGUCUAAAAUUUCAGUAAUUUUGAUUGUAGUACAUAAUGAUGAUAUUAUGAAAUUCCCAAAUCAAAAAAUAAUUUAAAUUCAAAUGUCAUCUUAUAAUAGUUUUAUUACAUAAUAUUAUUUCUUUUGUUAUCCAAUAUUUAAUUAAAUUUUUUUGUUUCAAACAUGUUUCACAUUUUGUAUCGUUUUAUAUACACAGCUGAAGAAUAAUAUCUAAUAUUAUAUUUUUACCAUAAACGAAAAUUGUAAUAUUUCAUCGUAUUUAAUUGU